CCCUGCGCCCGGGCUGACCUCUCCGCCUAUGCAGGGGCCUGGGGCGGGGUUUCCGCCGCGCUCUGGCUCCGCGUCUCUCAGCUGACGGGACAAACCCAUUUGUCAUGGAGUCGCUGUAGCCUGGUCCCCCUGCCCUCGGCCCCCAGAUAUUUAAUCUAAAAUGCUGUUGUCAAUAGGAAUGUUAAUGUUGUCUGCCACUCAGAUCUACACCAUCCUGACAGUUCAGCUGUUUGCUUUCCUAAACCUUUUGCCUGUGGAGGCAGACAUUUUAGCGUAUAACUUUGAAAAUGGAACUCAGACAUUUGAUGAUCUACCAGCAAGGUUUGGCUACAGACUGCCAACUGAAGGCUUGAAGGGCUUCCUAAUAAAUUCAAAACCAGAGAAUGCAUGUGAGCCCAUAGCACCUCCACCACUGAAAGACAACUCCUCCAAUGCUUUCAUUGUGUUAAUCAGAAGACUUGACUGCAACUUUGAUGUUAAGGUAGGCCUCUUUCAUUUUAAAGGUUUUGCAGCUGAGCUAGUACACAGAGUAAACUCACCUGAGGUCCCUUCCAUGGGGUCAUGUGAUAUUGAAGUUUUAAAGAAAAUUGAUAUUCCGUCUGUCUUUAUUGGUGAGACAUCAGCUAAUUCACUGAAAGAUGAAUUCACUUAUGAAAAGGGUGGCCAUAUUGUGUUAAUCCCAGAGUUCAGUCUUCCUUUGGAGUAUUACUUAAUUCCAUUCCUAAUUAUAGUGGGAAUCUGUCUUAUACUCAUUGUCAUAUUUAUGAUCACAAAAUUUGUGCAAGAUAGACAUAGAGCAAGAAGGAAUCGGCUUCGAAAAGAUCAGCUUAAGAAGCUUCCUGUACAUAAAUUUAAGAAAGGAGAUGAGUAUGAUGUAUGUGCCAUUUGUCUGGAUGAAUAUGAGGAUGGAGACAAGCUCAGAAUCCUUCCUUGCUCUCAUGCCUAUCAUUGCAAGUGUGUGGACCCCUGGCUGACUAAAACCAAGAAAACAUGCCCUGUGUGUAAGCAGAAAGUGGUCCCUUCUCAAGGGGAUUCAGACUCUGAAACAGACAGCAGUCAAGAAGAGAAUGAAGUCUCUGAAAACACCCCUUUGCUUAGACCAUUAGCUUCAGCUAGCACUCAGUCAUUUGGGGCUUUGUCAGAGUCUUAUUCCCAUCAAAACAUGACUGAAUCUUCAGAAUAUGAGGAAGACGACAAUGAGGAUAUUGAUAGUAGUGAUGCAGAGGAUGGAAUGAAUGAAGAGAGUGUAGUGGUUCAGCUACAGCCCAAUGAUGAAAGGGAGUACAGAGCGGCAAAUACUGUUUGAGCUUCAAGGCUGCUAGUGAUCAAUCUCGUAAGAACAAAACUGUUCAUAAAGCUAUACUUUACAUACACUUAUAUAGGGAAUACAUUCUAUUUGGUGGUCUCUUUGGUUACUUCAAUAGAUGCAGCUCUUCAUGUAGUGUUCUAUGUUUUAGUCAUAUUACAGACAGAUUUUUUGGUUCAGUUAUUCAUUCACAUAUUUAUCUUUUCAAAAUGAACAGUUUAACUGGACUUCACAAUACUAAUGAAUAGUGCUGGGAGUCUCCAUCAGUAGGGAUAUCACAGUAAACCAGAGACUCUACUUUAAAUGUCAGCAUCUUGUUGAAAUGGGAUAUAGCCAAGAAAGUAGGUUUUUUUUUUUUUCCUGAUUACAGCUUGUAGGUAAGAUUGGCUUAUAUUGAUAGUAAUAUUUAUUAACCGUAUGGUAAGCGCUACCCCUCCAACCCAAUCAAAAAUGUAUAUGGUUCCUGUGUCUCUGGGGUUUUCCCAAGGCUGCACCACUACUGAAAGAAGGAGGUAGAACAGUUUAGUAUUCUUUUAGCAAGCAGAUCACAAAGCAGGGAAACUGAUGCUUUAAUCUUGACAGCAGUGAUUCUGCUACUUUUCCAAGUAAUCCUAUUGAGCUUGCAUGAGCAGUUUAAGGUUGUGAAGGAAAUUUCAGAAUCAGUUAGGUUUAAAAUAGCUCACACAAAAAGAUUCAUAAUGAACAUCUUAUUAAUCGGCCCCAUUUGCUGAUAGCAGCUAGAGUAAUUUCCUAUGACAAUAAUGCAGGGGCUGGGAGUGACCAAAACAGCAAGGCAAGCAAAGCUGUAUAUAGAAAUACUGAAUUGUAGUAACUGUUCUGUUGAUCCUCACAUCAUAUACCUCUAAAUAAGGAGCAUUUUAUGCUGCAUUAGUCUGCUAAACUAUGUACAUAGAUAAAUUGUUUUUUCAAGUAUUUGAUUUGAAAAUGAGUGGUUAUAAAUAUUUAACAGAACUCUGUACUUACUAGUGUAUCAUGAAAACCUAAAUUAUAUAUAAUAUCAUUAUAACUAUGUAUAAUCAAAAUGCAAAGAUUUUUUAUACGGCCUUGUAUAAGGGGGAUUUGAAAGAAUGUUAAUAAACAUGUUUUCCACUUUAA